AUGACUGAAGGACUUUCCCAACUCAAUGAACCCGGGGCCCGGCUGUCCAAUGCCACCGACUCUACCGAUUGCGGAGAGGAUGCCGUGCUGUAUGGGGACACGGAAAAAGUGGUCAUUGGGAUAGUCAUCUCCGUUAUCACCCUGUUGACCAUUGCAGGAAACAGCCUGGUGGUCAUCUCCGUGUGCACCGUGAAAAAGCUUCGGCAACCGUCCAAUUACCUGGUGGUUUCUUUGGCCGCUGCAGAUCUGUCCGUCGCCCUGGCGGUCAUGCCGUUUGUGAUCAUCACGGAUUUGGUAGGAGGCAAAUGGCUGUUCGGGGAAGUCUUCUGCAACCUCUUCAUUGCCAUGGACGUCAUGUGUUGUACCGCCUCCAUCAUGACCCUCUGCGUCAUCAGUGUGGACAG